UUAAACCAUAACCAUGGCAUUUUUAUUGAGUUCAGUCAAGAAACAAGGGCUUUUUAUUGUGAUUUUAUCACUCUUAUGCAGCCUUUCACUUUCGACUUUCACUGUUCACGAAUUAAAGUCUCGUUUUUGGCCCAUUUCUGACCCAAACACUUUUGGCAUUGCUUCAAAAAGUUUCGGAACGACGGCCAGUGCUAAAUUGGAAAAGAGCGCAGGUAAAACAUCGGGCAUUUUUACAACAGAAGACGGUCGUCCAGUCGUCGUAUUUGACGAUGUUUUAGACUAUAGGUUGCUUGUGGCUUGGGAGCAAUAUAUCCACCUUGGCGGAAUUUGGAGAUUUCAGAAUGGAUAUUCUGAGAACAGCGGUAUUUCCUGGACAGCAACCUUCGAUGCCGGGGUGUUCAAAAACUCGGAAACUGGCAGACGUAUUUUAAGCCUUGUGAAAAGUUUACCUAAGCAUCAUGGGAAGGGUAGUGGUGAUGGGGAGUACAAACCGUACAAAGUUGUCUGUAACAUCCUCAGAAGGGGUGAUGUGAUUAAAGUUCAUCGAGAUGCUGAUAAGGCAGAGGGCGAGUUUACUGCCAUUCUUUACUUGAACCAGCUGUGGCGUCAAAACGACUACGGAGAUUUAUUACUUUACGAGGAUAGAGACAUCUUUUCAACUGUGUCUCCAAAGUUCAACAGAGUUAUCAUAUGGGACAGCUCAAUAGAGUAUCUGACCAGACCACCCAGCAUGGGUUUCAAACAGUCGCAGCUAUUCCUGAUGGUUCACUUCACUCGAAAUCAAACCAAAGUGGAGGAGGCAGAGCAGACUCGACGGCAACUUUUAGCUCAUCAUGAAAAAGCAGCUCAAGAAGUCUUCCCUAGCAUGGUUGGAGCGGUGCCUGUAAUGGAUGUAGGAAAAUACGUGACACAGAAAUACACAUCGGCAAAUGGAAAGAAGAUCUACGUGUUCGAUGAUCUGUUUUCCAAGGAAGAUCUGGAUAAACUAAGAACCUUCACCGUCGACCACGGAAAUUAUUUCUUCGAUGACAGUAUCGACGCAGACAGUGACAAUGUCCAGUGGAUUGCUGCUUUUAGUAUUGAUAACUUCACCCAAACUACAGUAUGGAAUAUCACAAGACAAGUUGCCAAAUAUGUCUCAGGGACGGAUGAAUGGUUCCCGUAUGAUGUCGCAUGUAACGUGAUCCGAUCGUUCGACUACACAAGAAUCCACGAAGAUUGUGAGGUACAAGAAGACGAGUGGACGUUCCUUAUCUAUCUCAACCCAAACUGGACGGGAGACUUGUACGGUGAAACGGUGUUCAAAGAAAGUAAACUUGAGGACGCUGAAAAUAUAGCGAGUGUCCUUCCUCGUUAUGGUAGAGUUGCUCUGUUUCAGGGUAUCAUUCCGCACUCUGCAAGACCACCAAGUACUAUGUUCACCGAGGCAAGACUGAGUUUUGCCGUCAAGCUUUCUGUGAAUCCAGUUGUAGCGAGACUCAAAAUGUGGAAGCAGGAAUUUACACAUGAGGAGUACAUGCAUCAGUCGACCCUAGCGCUUCUCAAGUAUUACAAUGAUCCGAAUCUAGAAGGUUACUACAAGAAACUUCUCCUCGAAGCCGUUAAAGAACAGAAUGAGGUGGAGUAUAUACAGAGACAGGAAUUCCUGAAAGGUUUUCAAGAAGGGAGUUGGGCUAAAGCGGAUUAUGAUCAUGAUGAAGAGGACGAAGAAGAAUUUGAGUUUGAAGAAAAUCGCCCCUUUGACAUUGAGUUUCAAGAGAUCAACCGCAGAAGGAAGUAUAUUUUUUCUCUCUUCAAGAAGUUUGGUGAUGAUGCAGAAGCCUUGACGACUCACUACAUGCAAUUUGUCCAAGACAAUCAAGUUAUGAAGAAGAUGUACGUUAAGGAAAUGGAACAACUCAUUUGAGAAACAGGCCUGUACUUCUUUUAGAUUUUUCUUUCACUUAGGGAUUCUCAAAUUUGUUCUCAAGUCCCCUCAAGGGUUCCUUUACACACAUAGAUUUAUAUAUAAGAACUAGAGGGCGCACUGGUCUAUAAACGCAGCCCGGCAUGCGCGCAUGCGGCCAUUUUGUAAGUUGACAAAACAGCAUCGCAUAGCGUGUUCUUACGGGGCCUGGUGUGCAGCCGUUCUGUUAUAAACACAAUUACUCCAAAGUGUACUUCAUAUUCAACACGCUUACAAAAUGGCGCUCGUGUCUCCUUGCGGUCCCGUCGCGUUUGUGCAAGCAGCAUCACCAGUGCGCCCUCCUCUAUGUUUACAGAGCACUAACUUUAUUUUAUAGUUUUGUCACAACGAAAGCUAGACUAACCCAAGUAAAGAUGACAGAUGUUCACUUUUGAAUGAUUUGGUGCUGGAUAUGGGGGCGUGGUGAUAACCAUCCCCCCGCCCCACCCCACCCUCUCUUUUGUGUUUUCAUCGUGGGUUUCAUGUUAGAAUUUCCUUGAAGUUUAGGGGAGACUUCUGUACAGUUGGUAAAUAGUUUGGUGGUAGGUUUGGGGGGGGGGUACCCUCUGCUGCUACCAUCGGAUAUGGUAUAGAGUGCGUUCGUUUAGCUUCCCUGGGUCACCCCGGUCUGCCAAGGUGCGUUCGAAAAGCUUCGACAGGGCUCAGCCGGGUCAGCCCCCAGCGCCCUGCUUGUGGAGUGGGUCACUUAGGGGUGACCUGAGGAGCAUGCCGUCACCACGAGAGGGCGAGUGUGAUCGUUCGUUUAGCUCUUGUCUGGGGCUCAGCUGAUUGAGCACCGCAGGGAAGCUAAACAAACGCACCCAUUGUUUAAAUUACAGUGAAUCCUCUGCAAAAAAACGUCCACAAUAUAAGUCAAAACUUACAAAAACACAUGUGCUAAAAUCAUGAAAAAGAUUAUUUUAUUUUUUUACAAAAACUCUAUUUCCAUAUAAUGACAAAAUAUACAACUUGUCAUUGGUUGAAAGAUUUGUUUGCAAAACCUAUUUUCUACAGUCUGAUAAAAAUAAUUUGGUUUUAUCUAUCCACUUCUUCAAGAAAAUUUACAAGGAAAACUAAAUUUAGUUUGCUGCAAAAAAAUGAAGGUUUGUACAAUAUUUACACAUAAAUUUUACUUUUUGGGGCUGAAUUAUUGUUUUCAAAGCUAAAAAAAAAGCAUUGGAAAAGUAUAAGUUACUUGGUGAUUUGCUGGUGUUUUUUGAAGGGCUUUUAUUUUACUUUACGUCACUGUGUCAAUUCUUUUCAUUUAACUUUGAGUACAACUUAUCACUGAAAUAUUUUAUUUUAAUAAUAAAAAAACACUUUCAAUGUUGCGUGGCCAAAAUUUGGCCAAAAGAAAUGUUACAAACAAUUUUAGUUUAUCUGGAUGAAUCUUGAAAGAUGAUCAUGUUCAAAAUGGAAGGAAAAUAACAACAAUUUGCUUAUAUGCUGCAGACAGAACACAAACAAAAAUGUAAUGGACAGAGAUAAUGUUUGUAAGGAUCCUGAAAAUAAUUUUUUGUUUUUCAGUUCAACUACUAGUCUAUGAAAAUGGUCUAAAUUCUAGGGGGUAAAAUUUGCCAAAAAGUUGACCUAGCGACUGAAACUUGAAAAGUACUUCUAUUUGUUAUUGAUUCCACUAACUGUAGAGGCAAUACUAAGUACUCAUAUGGAUUUUGAGUAAGCUAUUGUGUAAAUUGUUCACACAUUUCCAUUUUUCUAAAAAAGGUGUCUAAACUGUAUAUAUUUAUAUAGUACAUGUAUAUUUUUGUGUGAUGGGUUUUUCUCAAUAAAAAAAGGAGAAUAUACAGUAUCUAAAUGUAAAUUUUUUUUUUAUAAUGGCCACUCUGUGAAAAGACUUCUAUCAGACUAACUGGAUUUCCUGUGACCCAAAAAUGCUGUAAGAACCAAUCAAUGGGAAAUGUGUAGAUGAAUAAUACGUUUGUGUCUUUCUGUAUACUCUCGGGUCUAAGUAUAUGUGAUCGAACAUAGAAAAAUAUCUAUAUCACGUGAAAGAGAAUUAUGCAUUCUUGUGAUUUAUUUAUUUGCAAGGCAAUUAAUAAUGCAGGCCUGUUACUUCUCAGAGGCAACAAAGGCGAUUGUCAUUGCCUUGGUGCCCUUCAAAUGCGCCCGUUUCUCACAAUG